GGAAACAUCUAAAACGUGCAGGAAAGGGGCUCUCGAGGACCAGGAUUGAACACCCCUGGCCUACUGUAUGAUUGUUUAAGUAACUGAGGAUUUUAUUAUUUAAGUUUUGUUUAAUAUGUAGUUUGAAACUGCUGCCAGUCUGUGUAAUUAGACUUUACCAGGCGGAGUACACACUGUCCCGGCAGAUGUCACCCUAUCCUAACAUUCACACAAACUGUAGUCUGGUCUUUACUCGCUCAUUUACAAACGCAUAUGAACACCAACAUUAUUUAUUUACUAUCUUAAUCUGGUGGUCGAAUUCAAAUGCCGCACAUCUAGAUUACACCUGUAAUAACCAAUGUCGUUCGUCACAUCUCUUUCGCAACAAGCCACGUUAAAGCUGCUCGCCUACUGUAUUUCUUUUUUUAGGAGGCGGGGCUAGACUGGAUUGACCACCGCUACCUCAGCGCUAUCUCGAUUCAAAGUGCGUGUGCCAGAUUGUUGGGUCAGUCGGUUUAGCUGUGAGGGGUCCAUGCAUAUUAUGAGGUAAAACGGCACAUUUACGAAUAAAUAUCACGAUCUGACAGACAAUAUUUGUGUCGUAGGUUCAAUUCACCACAGAGUAUACCGAGAUGCUGAGCCAAAACACCGGGAAGGACUUCCAAGCUCCUGAGAAGUCGAACUCUGUUGCAUUUCCUUAUACCCCUCUUCUUCGUCGAUCUACUAGUUGUCAACACUGAGGAUUUCAGUUGUGAACAACUCAAUGGCAUUUUUAAUGAAAAAGAAGAAGUUCAGGUUUCAAAUCCAUUUUACUUUGGAGGAGCUAGCCGCCGUACCGUUUGUCAAUGGCGUUCUUUUCUGCAAAAUCAGAUUGUUGGACGGAGGGGACUUUGCCAGCUCGUCAUCCAGGGAGGAGGUCCAGCACAACUGUGUACGCUGGAGGAAGAAGUUCUCCUUUGUGUGUAAGAUGAGUGCCAGUCCCACCACAGGACUCCUGGACCCCUGCAUCUGCAGGGUCUCUGUACGCAAGGAACUAAAAGGAGGAAAAGCAUUUUCAAAGCUGGGCUUUGCUGAUCUCAACAUGGCAGAGUUUGCAGGCUCAGGCUCUGCUGUACGCUGCUGCAUCCUCGAGGGCUACGACACAAAGAACACACGCCAGGACAACUCCAUCCUCAAGGUUACGAUUGGUAUGACUCUGCUGUCUGGGGACCCCUGCUUUAAAACGCCCCCCAGCACAGCCAAGUCCAUCUCCUCCUCGGGCCAGGACCCCUCCUUGCAGCUGGCCUGUAAGGGUGAGGGCACCACCACCCCCCCAGCACCAGGGGGCAGCACUGCAGGACGGACACUCAGGGCAAGACCCCCUCCGCUCACCUCUGGCCUGCCAGGGGAACAGGACCAGAGCAUGUCCAGCCCUGAUGAGGUCUUCCAUUCUGGACACUCACGCAACUCCAGCUACGCCAGCCAGCAGAGCAGGAUUUCAGGCUACAGCACAGAACACUCCCGGGCCUCCAGCCUGACAGACCUCACCCAUCGCCGCACAGCGUCCAGUAGCAGCAGCGCCUCCGGGGGCGUGUGCACCCCUACCCUGACCCUGGCCUCCGCAGAUCCCCACAGCGACCCCCCCGGCCGGCCGGAGAGGCCCCCCAGGCCCCCCCGCCCUGCUCUGCUCUCCAAAAGACCCUCAAGGAGGCAGAAGGAUUCGGUGGAGAGCCACCCCACCUGGGUAGAUGACACACGCAUUGACGCUGAUGAUGUCGUGGAGAAAAUCCUUCAGAGCCAAAACUUUGCUGAUGUCAGCAACAACGAAGACAGCAACCUGAGGCUGUUUGUCAGCCGGGAUGGGACCACGUCAUUCAGCGGAGUGCAGAUGGGCAGCAGGGUGACAGCUGGGGUCUUUGAGCCAGUCGUGAUUGAGAGCCAUUAACAUUGCUGUUAAUGCUACACAGCUCGGGGUCUCCUUCCAUCACCUGGUGUAGGAGAGACACCCUGAUGAUCACCUGGUGUAGGAGAGACACCCUGAUGAUCACACGGCUGGAGAUGGAGAGUUGAAGUUUAGAGGGUUAGAGGGU